UUUUUCGUAUCCAAAAUGAAGCAAGCUGCAGAGCUAGUGUUCAUUCCUGCCAUAGGUAUUGGCCAUCUUGCGUCCGCGUUCGAGAUCGCAAAGCUCUUGGUUGCUCGAGACGACCGGCUUUUCAUCAUAGUGCUCACCAUGAAGCUGCCCUUGGAGUCGAACUUCAAGCUCAAGGGUGCUGACGACGCCGAACGUAUCAGAUUCAUCAACCUCCCGGAGGAAGCCGUAGAGACGAAAGGUAUUAACCUCUUCCUGAAGCUAUUCGUUGAAAAUCACAAACAACACGUCAGAGAUGCUGUCGCGAAGCUCACUAGUGAGUCCCCUCAGUCUGAUUGCAAGCCCAGGCUCGUCGGGUUUGUCAUCGACAUGUUCUGCACUACCAUGAUAGACGUGGCCAAUGAGUUUGGGGUUCCUACCUACGUCUUCUUCACAUCCGGCGCAGGCUUUCUCGGGCUUGUGCUCCACCUCCAAACCCUUCAUGACGAGCAGAGCAAGGACUGCACUGAGCUGAAGGAAUCGGAUCCUGAUUUGGUUUUGCCGUGUCUUGUCAACCCAAUGCCUGCUAGAGUCUUGCCUGGCGUGUAUCUGGACAAGGAUGGCGCCACAGAGUUCAUCAAUCAUGCCAGAAGGUUCAGAGAAACCAAGGGGAUUUUGGUAAACACCUUCAUGGAGCUAGAAUCCCACUGCCUUCGUGCUCUUUCCGACGGCAAAACCCCGCCGCUGUACCCUGUAGGGCCCAUACUAAACUUGAAGAGUGACCCUGAAGGCUCGGAGCUGGCCAAAAAGAAGGAAAUUUUGGAGUGGCUUGAUGAUCAAUCUCCUUUGUCGGUGGUGUUCCUGUGCUUUGGGAGCAUGGGAUGCUUUGGUGGGGACCAAGUGAAGGAGAUAGCCACCGCGCUUGAGCACAGCGGCCUCCGAUUCUUGUGGUCCCUACGCCAGCCCCUGCCAAAGGGGGAGCUUCUAUUCGCCAGUGAUUAUGCUGAUCCCAGCGGAGUCCUGCCCCAAGGGUUCCUCGACCGCACGGCCGGGAUAGGGAAGGUCAUAGGAUGGGCCCCGCAAGUUGCGGUCUUGGGCCAUCCAUCGGUGGGAGGGUUCGUGUCCCAUUGCGGGUGGAAUUCGAACCUAGAGAGUCUCUGGUAUGGGGUGCCGGUUGCGGCUUGGCCAGUGUACGCGGAGCAGCAGUUGAAUGCGUUUGAGCUGGUGAGGGAGUUGGGACUGGCGGUGGAGAUUAAGAUGGAUUACAGGAGGGAAGGGGAGGUGGUGGUGAGGGCGGAGGAGAUAGAGAGAGGGAUAAGGGAGGUGAUGGAGGUUGAGAGUGAGCAGAGGAAGAAGGUGAAGGAGAUGAGUGAGAAGAGCAGGAGAGCGUUGAUGGAUGGUGGUUCCUCACACUCAUCAUUGGGCCGUUUCAUUGAUCAGAUCUUCCUGUGACUAAUUAGUAUAUACUUGUAUUGUUUUAGUCACACAUACAUGAUGAGCAGUUUAUAAUUUCCAUUUUAAUCAAACCCUUGUAGUCAUGUGUA